AGGGAUAAGCUCAAUAAGGAGGUUGAAGAUUUGAGAAAGGAAACUCCAAAGUCCAAAGUCCUUUUGGAGGAAAGAUCUUGAUGCUCUGGAGGGGCAACUCGAUGAGCUUGAGAAAAGUGAUGCUCAGUCAGAGGAGUUAAGAAAGAAAAUGAGAGGCAAAGCAAGGGGUGAAGUUGCUAUGAAGUCUACUAGACAAGCACCCAGGAACCCACGGAAGCAAACUUUAAUAAUAAGAAGGCAAAUAAUGGAGAAUCUAUUGCAAAAGCUGUCUCAUCAUCUAUGGCUGCAAUGGAAAUUGAGAAAGCUCCUGAGGCAGCAAAACCCAAAGGCAGAGAAGUCUCUAGGAAAGCUCCUGCUAAGCCAAAAAAGCAAACUUUAGUCUUGAAUGAUGAUGACGACGAUGACAACGACGACAAUGUGCUUCAACUUAAAGAACGACUUGCUGCCUAUAACGUCGACUCAACUCCUGAUCAAUCAGCCGUGACUGAAAAUGAAGAAAAUUCGGGUUCUGCUUCUACUUCUGCCAGUACUGAAGAAACUAUUUAAGUUGCACCAGCAAGAGCAAGGCCUCAAAGGGUGAACCGUGCACAGACAAG